AUGCCACCUCUGGAAGGGAUCGACGAAUUUCUAGAUGAACUGCCUAACGUUGACAAGCGGUCAUGCCGCCUUCUGGGUCCAACUGCACUGAUUGUGCAGGCUCUCAUGGGUGUGCUGGUCAUCCUCUCUCUUGUCUAUAAACGUCAUCGCGAGACCCCGAAGCGGCCGUGGAGGAUAUGGCUCUUCGACGUCUCCAAGCAGAUCGUCGGCCAAAUGUUUGUCCAUGGCGUGAAUGUUCUUAUCUCGGACGUCGUCGCGCAUCUUUCCACCGCAAACGCUUGCGUUCUCUACUUCCUCAAUAUUCUCAUCGACACGACAUUCGGUGUUGGCAUAAUAUAUGUCCUCUUACAGGCUAUGACCCACGUCCUCACAGUGAAGCUGCAUUUCAAAGGGUUCGAGUCUGGAGUCUAUGGAACGCCCCCCGCCAUCAGCUACUGGUUCCGUCAAACGGCUGUCUACGUACUUGCCUUGACCACCAUGAAGCUUGUGGUCGUCUCGCUCUUCGCGGUUCUUCCUGCCAUUUUCGACUUCGGAGAAUGGCUGUUGGGAUUCCUUGGGACAAGUGAUGCUGCCCAAGUCAUCUUCACCAUGGGCCUUUUCCCCAUCAUGAUGAACAUCCUCCAGUUUUGGCUUAUCGACUCCAUUGUCAAAGGCUCGACCUACUCUCCUUUGGCUCUCGGAUCCGAUACUCCUCGCGCAUCAAUGGACCCUGCCAACGAACCACUUUUCCGCACGUCUGAUGACGAAGACGACGACGACGACGACGACGACGGUCUGCCAGCACGGCACGACAUCGAAAACCCGGCGCCACGCUCUGGGUCUAUCUCGCGCGACAGGGAGCGCCAGAGUUCAGUGAGCGAGCCGAAGUCCACCGGUACGACUACGGCAGUUCCAUCAGGUUCGACCACGCCGCAGCCCAAGCCCAUCGAUACCGGUGUUUCCGUACACGCAUACCCGCCCUCCGUGAUCGCAGCUUCUCCCAGCUCGGCCUCGAGUUCUUUGAGCUCCAACUCCUCCCUCUCCAAGUCUCGCAGACGCGAACCCCCACCCCCACUGGCCCUCAAGGCUGACCCGCCGUCAUACAUGAACAUUGAGGUUUCAAGAAGUGCACCACCCGAGGAGGUCGAGCUAUCUCGUGACGAAGACGAGAAGUGGGCAGCAUGGGGUGAUGAAGAAGACUGGGCGGAGCGUGUGGGGGAAGAAGAAUGGACGGGUCGGAGAAUAGAGGCGAGGAAAGAGGCGAUGGAUGAUGUGUGGCGGGAUCACCGUAGUCCCAACGCACACGCAGUCUCUGUUCCCUGA